AUGACCUGCCCAGACAAGCCAGGGCAACUCAUAAACUGGUUCAUCUGCUCCCUGUGCACCCCAUGGAUGCGGAAACUCUGGAGCAGCCGGCGUCCAAGGACUCGGAGGAACCUCCUGCUGGGCACUGCCUGCGCCAUCUAUCUGGGUUUCCUGGUGAGCCAGGUGGGGCGCACCUCUCCCCAGCACAGACGGGCACCAGAGCAGAGGCAGCACCAGAAUCGCGAUGCUGCCGAUGCACCUUUCCCAGAGAUACCCCUGGAUGGUACCCUGGCUCCUCCUGAAUCCCAAGGCAAUGGGACAACCCUGCAACCCAAUGUAGUGUACAUUACCCUACGCUCCAAGCGCAGCAAGCCUGCCAAUAUCCGUGGCACAGUGAAGCCAAAACGCAGGAAGAAAUAUGCAGUGGCAUCUCUGGCCCUGGAAGGUUUGAACAGACUCUCCCUUCAGCCACAGGAAGCUGCAAGGGUAGCAGGUGCUGAAGUGCCUGGACAUGCCCAGGGAGGAAACCUGGACAAAAUUGGAGAGCGAUCCUGGAGGUUAGUGAGGGGUCCCGGAGUGCGAGCUGGGGGCCCAGGCUUCCUGCUGCCCAAGACCAGAGAGAGCAACAUCAGGAUCUACAGCCAGAGCUCCCCCUCAUGGCUGAGCAAAGAAGACAUCCACAGAAUGCGCCUGUUGGCCGAUAGUGCAGUAGCAGGCCUCCAACCUGUAUCCUCUAAGAGUGAUGUGCAUUUGCUGGUGCUAGAGAGGAGCGCUGCAGGUUCUGUGCCCCGCUGUGGCCCUAGUCCCUGUGGGCUGCUCAAGCAGCCUUUAGACAUGAGUGAGGUGUUUGCCUUUCACCUGGAUAGAAUCCUGGGGCUCAACAGGACCCUGCCAUCAGUAAGCAGGAAAUCAGAGUUCAUCCAAGAUGGCCGACCACGUCCUGUCAUUCUCUGGGACUCAUCUUUAUCUCCAACAAGUAAUGAGACCCAGUCUUCUGUGAAGCUCACCUGGGGAACUUACCAGCAGUUGCUGAAACAGAAGUGUUGGCAGAACGGUCGAGUACCCAAACCUGAAUGGGGUUGUACCGAAAUACAUCACCAUGAGUGGUCAAAGAUGGCACUCUUCGAUUUUUUGUUACAGAUUUACAAUCGCUUGGAUACAAAUUGUUGUGGAUUCAGACCACGCAAAGAAGAUGCCUGUGUACAGAAUGGACGGAAGCCAAAAUGUGACGACCAAGAUUCUGUGGCUCUAGCACAUGUUAUCCAGCAAAAGCAUGACCCAAGGCACUUGGUCUUUGUAGACAAUAAGGGUUUUUUUGACAGAAGUGAAGAUAAUUUGAACUUCAAAUUAUUAGAAGGCAUCAAAGAGUUUCCUGAAUAUGCAGUUUCUGUUUUGAAGAGCCAGCACUUACGACAGAAACUCCUUCAAUCUCUGUUUCUUGAUAAAGUUUAUUGGGAAAGCCAAGGAGGAAGACAAGGGAUUGAAAAACUUAUCGAUGUAAUAGAACAGAGAGCCAAAAUUCUUCUCACCUACAUCAACGCACAUGGAGCCAAAGUAAUACCCAUGAAUGAAUAA